GGAGAUUUACAAAAGAUCUCAAUUUUGCCGUUACCAAGUACGAAUAUUAUUGCGCUUUAAUGUUUAGAAAUAUUUUAGAGAAGAGUUUUAAAAGAAAGAAAUUCGUUUUAUUAUUUCUGUUUUUAUUGAUAUGCGUCUUUCUAAAACAAUAUUACAAUAAAGAAAUAAUAAAACUUAGUUAUACAAGACCGUUGCUGCCUUUUCAAAGUUACGUUGCUGAACUUGAGAGUAUGUAUUUUGAAGCACAACGAGAUUAUUAUCAUGUUUAUAAAAAACAAUUUAAACCAAUUGCCCAGUCCGUAAAUAAUAAGAAUGUGUUUCAGAAUAACAAACUUAAAACAAUCCAACCAAAGUGCAGAAUACCAUUAAGUUUUUUAAUUUUAGUUCAUUCUUCUGCAGAAAAUAUUAAAAGAAGACUCGCUAUUAGAUACAGCUGGGGUUCGUCCCAAAAUAGAUUUAAUAAGCAAUUAACUGGUAAUUUAACAUAUAGUACCGUAUUUGCGGUUGGAAGAAGUUUGUCUGCUCCAGUUAACGAAAUGAUCGCUCAAGAAGCAAGCUCAUACAGUGAUAUUUUAUUUAUUGAUAUACUUGACACCUACAGAAAUUUAUCGUAUAAAACUUUAAACUCGCUAAUAUGGUCGUCAAAUUACUGUCGACCUGACUUCUUAUUAAAAACGGAUGACGAUUGUUACGUAAAUGUUGUUAAUAUAUUAAACUUUUUGAAAUCCGAACCUCUCUUGCCAUUGUAUACAGGAAGGGUUCAAUGGUUUAUGCCACCAAAUCGUGAUAACACCAGCAAGUUUUAUAUUUCAGUAAAUGACUAUAAUGGAUUUCUUUUACCACCAUAUGUGUCCGGAGGCGGAAUUUUGUUAUCAGGAGAUCUGAUUCCGCGCCUUGUGAGUGCUAGUCAACAAAAAAAAAUAAUACCAAAUGAAGAUGCAAACUUAGGUAUACUAAUGAAUAAUAUAGGUGUUUUACCGAGGGAAAACAUUCAUAUACUACCAUUUAUUUACUGCAACGAUUCUAUAUGGAAUCGACCAACUUGUGAUUUUGUUGACCAGUAUGUUAUUCAUGGCGUAGAGAACUACUCACAAGUGUGGCUUCACUAUCACACAUUAGUAUUGCAAAACAUAAAAGGGAAACUUCACCUGAGCUUAGAUCCAUCAAUGAAUUUUAUGUUGAACUUCGUGUACAUUUUAGUAAAAUGUCUGUGCAAAAUAAAGUUUUCAAAGCUUUAAUGACGAUGUUUGUAUAAACAUAAAUUGUUCUUCGCAUUUAUCAAUGAAACAUGGCUGGGAAAAUGA